AUGAGGCGUUGUGCUGAUGGUGGUCCAGACAUGAUCCCCGUCCAACUGGCUUCUGAGAAGCGCCACAUGGCACACUGGGUUCCUCCCUUCGAGCCCGUGGGCGAAGCCAAGCGCGAUUUGUCCAACUACCUUUCCGAGGCGGCCAGCAUUGUCUACGAAAACGACUUGCUGCGAAGCAUCGCCAAUGUGAAACCUGAGCAACUGAAGCUCAAGGAUUUCAAGCUCAAGGAUAAGGUGACCUCAGCGAAAGCCAUGGCAGCGGCCAAGCAGUUGGAGAAAGAGGUCAGCGAGUUGGAGUCCGAACGCACCAAGCUGAAGCUGAGGUUACGGCAGCUCAGCGAGUUGGCUGCAGAGAUGCUGGAUGAAAUGUCGUUAGAGAUGGGUCCGGCGGCCAGAAUGAAAGUGUCCUUGUUGCACGACCUUCAACCUGAACAGAUGCUGCAACUUGAGGAGAUCGCAGCUCGCAUGCGCCAGGGCAAAUUGGAGCUUCCGCUGGAUGAUCAAAGCCAGAAGUUGAAGGAAGAACGGGAUGAGUUGAAGAAACGCUUGAGCAUGAAGGAUCAAGACAUUGCGCAGCAUGUGGACAGGCGGGAGAUGGUGCACUUGGGUGAUAGGAAAGUGGAAGAAGUCUUGAAGAAGCAAGGAGUGACUUGGCUAUGA